UCUUGAAUCACCAAAGCCAUUUGAGACCGUAACUUCUGCUUUUUUUAUGACAAUCUGAGAGUACUGAAUGUGUAAAUCCAGUAGAUGUGCAGAAGUAAGAAGUAGUUAUAUUAACAAGCGACAAGGUUCAGUUUAGCCUCAAGGCUGAGACUAAUUUCACCGAUGAUGCAACCAUUUUACACCAUAAAUGUUCAGCCAGAAUAUAUAAAGUUCAUAGUAAUGUGGCCAAUGUUUAUAUCCUGUAACAAAAAUACCAAUAUCAAUGUAAUUACCGUGGCUUUAUCUUGUGCUGAUCUGUCAGUCUUGUGCUGGCAGUGGCGUCAGAGAAAUUCCCCGCCCCUCCCUCUCAGCUAUUUAAACGCCUGCCUGAAUCAAAACAGAAAGUGUCUCCUCUACUGCAGUUCAGCAAAAUGCUGUGCACCUUCAUACUGACUCUCCUGCUGUUUAAAGGUAAGAGGCGUGACACCCUCUGCUAUUUUUAAAAAUCAGCUAUGUGGUUCUUCUUGUAGUCAACAGAGAGAGCAGCAUGUAUCUGUUGUUGUAUUGUCAUACAUCAUAUUUUGAACUUUACCUCUUUGUAGAAAUGCUGGUUUAAUCAGGAAUAACAUAGAAGUCCUGCGAUUUUAGGGGUGUGGUGCAUGUUGAGGUUUUUGCCAAUGUCAGGUUGUGGAUCAGUCAGAGUUUGUUUCUCCAAUAUAUGAGGACAAAAUGAUAUCAGGCUUCAUGGAGGUUGUUAACUAACAAUGUAACCUAGCACCCAACUUGUACACAAACACAAGGCCACGCAGCAAGUCUAUCUCUGGCUUUAAAGUUUCAGUUCUCAGAUAACCCCAUCAUUUGUUUAGCCACUCUUACAAUCAUAAGCUAUGGUCUGCUGUUUUUACUGAUGUUACAGUCGACUAUUUGGGAUCUGCUAACAGGCUGUAAAUCACUGUCUUUGUACUAAAAGUCUCACUUUUUAUUUUUACCUUUAAUCGUCAAGUAAGAUUUACAUCUUUGGGUUUUUAAAAAUAGUUUGAAACAUAUUAAGGUUAGAAGUUUUGCAUUAUUUAAGGUAUGGCUGACUUGACUGAGAGGUAGGCGCACUAGCCAAAGGCCAACCUGUCAAUUGAACUAUUGAUAAGAUAAACGAGUAAGGCUGAGUCUGCAUUUUAAAUACAGAAACCACUAUUUCUAGACAUUUAAACUCUGCAUUAGAAACCAAUUGGUGACGUUAUAUAUCAUGAUACUCAAAGGAUAGUUGUUCAAGUAGAUACCCUGGCCACCCCUGCCUGUGUCAGUGCCGCAGCUGGGCCACCCCAGUCUAAAAGGUCCGGGCACACCCCUGGUCAGGCACCAUCAUAGAGCACAUUUUCCUAUAUACUGCUCUUAAUGACGCGCAGUGUCUUUAUUUUUAGCCUCAGUCUCCGAGAUCACCAUGCAUGGAGAGAGAACAGCUGAUUAUGGCAGGAGUGUGCUUUACAGCUGUGCAGUGGAUGACUCAACAGGUAAGACCAACACUUUCUCUUUUCUUUCAGAUCAAUGCAAAGAGGGGUACGGAGGUCUAUUACUGCCAAGUCACUAACGGAGAAUAAAUAGUAAAAAUGUGAGAUUAAAAUGUGCUGAUCUUUAUCACAGUUUUGGUAUUAAAAAUUACAAUAAAAGGUAAAAAGUCAAUGAUUUACUUCACUAUUUACACAAAAUAUUCACAAUAAAAUAUACAUUUCACUGUCAAUAGUCAGUUGGAUGAGAUUUUAAAGGACAAAAUAUGCAAAAACUGUUUGUCCACAUGCAUCACCAAAAUUCACACAGAUUAAAUGUUCUUCACAGGAGUUUAAAAUAAGUUAAACUUCUGAGAUUGAAAUAAAAAUCAUGAGAUAAAAGUGCAAAUUUUUGGAGAUAAGGUAGUUAUUUUGAUAAUUUUACAUAGAAAUAGUUCAUAGUUUUUAUUUGAAUUAAAAAUAUAUAAGAGAAUAUCUCGUGAUUUUGUUGUAAAAUGUAAAAAAGAACACAUAAUGUGAAAAAAGUCACAACAAGUCUGAGAUGAGAUUAAUACAUCUUUGUUGGGUCAUAAAUUGAAAUUAACAUAGAAAAAUUUAAAAAGACUAGAUAUGUAUCAGUAACUUUGACAUAAUAGUUCAUAAUUACCAGAUAAACUCCAUUAAGUUUCAUUUCUUAAUUAGUUUAAAGUUUCACAUUCAUUUUUCUUACUGGCAUUAACAGGCUUCCGUAGAAUAUUCAUUACUCUGCUCUAUAAUGAUCAUGCCACUCUGAAUUUACUCUAAAUACUGACUUUGUGUUUGUCUUUGUCCUCCAGGUGUGCUUCAGAUCACCUGGCAGAGACUUGUAAAAGACUCCAUGGAGAAUUUAGCCACUUUUAGUAAAAGAUUUGGCAAACAAGUAAAUGAACCUUACAGCGGGAAGGUGGUCUUCACAGAGGCGUCUUUAAACUCGACAUCCAUCACUGUCAAAAACGUGACAUGGGAAGACAGCGGGUGUUAUAUCUGCUCUUUUAAUGUUUAUCCUGCUGGGUCCCAAAGGAAGCAGAUUUGUCUCACAGUACAAGGUAAAUGGCUGAACUUGGAUUUCUUUAAAUACAGGUGUUUAUUAACCCCAGAUUAACCUCAUUUAAUGUUAAUUUUCCUCCUGUCUCCAUGAAGGAAUAUCAGAGAUAAAAACAAAAGUACAUCCUACCAGCACUGAACACGUAGUCGAAGAAGACGACGAGGAGGUUGUUGUUGUUACCUGCUCUGCAACAGGUAAACCAGCUCCCACCAUCCAGUGGGCCGUCCCCGCUGACGCCACGCAAUUAGACACACCAAAGCCUGCUUCAGUCCAAAACAGAGACAGGACAUUUACCAGCAGCAGCAACAUCACCCUGCAGGUCUCCUCAGACUGGAACGGAUACGUGGACUGUCUGCUGAACAAAGAUCUGAAGGGACAAAGACAGGAGAGGAUUAUUGUUGGUGAUGGAAAAGUGCCAACCAAUGAAGAGACAGGUAUGCACUCAAUCCCUCACUCUAAAUCAUUAUAAUGUGUGGUGACGGCUAUGGAGGCCCAUCACUGCCAGCACAAGAAAAGACAACAAGACACUUUUAUGAAAUCUUUCCAAAGUGUUUGGGAGAUAAAAAGGUCCAAUAAUUUAACUGGACUGAAGAAGUAAGUCAUGGUUUAGUGAAAAAAGGUCAAAUUAAAGACUUAAACAGUCUUACAAUUGAGAAAAAAAGUCUAAAUUAAGGAAAAUAGGUAAUUAUCAAGAAAAUGGAUGGUCAAAACUAUGAUAAAGUUAGUCACCAAUUGGACAAAAAAGGUUAAAAUUACUAGAGAGAGGUAAAUUUAUGAGAUAAAAGGUCACAAUAAUAAAAUAAAGUCAAUAUUAUAGACCUUUGCUAUUGUAAAAAUAGUUUUUCAUGAAGAUGAGUUUAUUGGAUUUAAGAGGAUAAAGUCAAAAUUAUGAAAAAGUAAGUCAUUAUUUAAAGGAAAGAGUCAAACUUUUGAAAACUUGGUUAAACCAGAAGAUAAAAACAUAUUAAAAUGAGGCAAAGGGUGAUAAUUCAAGUUUGAAAUAUGAAAAAAAGUCAAAGUUUGGGAUUAAAAAGUCUCAACCAGGUGAAAUUUCAAAUUUAAUAUCUAAAAAAAAGUUUAAGUUGUGAGAUUAUCGUUAAAUUUCCUUCAAAAAAGUCAAAUUUGAGGCACAAACAUGACUUAAUUCUGAGGGAAAAAAAUAUAAAAGUGUUUUAAAAAGUCAAAUUUUCAGAAUAAAAGCCCUCAAGAGUGAGCCAAAGUAAGCUGAUUACGAAAUUAAAAAUCAUUAUUAUGUCUCAGAUCUGAAAUUGAAAAAGUGAAAAAUUCUGUGACAGUAUGUCAUAAUUUUAAGAUUAAGUUGUAAAUAUGCACAAUUAGUUAUAAUUCUGAAAUAAAAUAUAAAGUCAUAAGAUGUAAAGUAUGAAAUAUGAGGCACUUUUUCAUCAGAUAGUAAGUAUUAGUAAAAAGAUAAAACUGUCAUAAUUGAAAUAGAUAAAAAGUAAGAAUUCACACCACAGUAAAACAUUUUUACAUAUUUAACUUUGUCAUAGUUUUGACUUUCGGCUCAUAAUCAUGAUGUACUUUCCUCAUAGAUUUUUCUUUCCCCCCUUUGAGAGAGACUUUCAGACUAACUCAAAUGAUUUUCUGAAGUUAAUUUGCAUCCAUACUUGAGGUGCUGCUGGGUUUAUUUGUGCCUGGAGUGUUUCUCAGAAGAACUUUCUUUACAAACUUUACCAGGAAGUUUACCUCUUACUCUAACUGGAAGUGAAGCCACACUGAACGUUCUUGUUAUUAAAGUGUGAACACCAGCUAGUGACGGGAACAGCUGAUGUUUGUGUAUCAGGAAGAGUAUUUACAGUCACCUUAUUUAACAUUUAAAUAUUUACUUCUGUAAAACACACACCCAGGAGUAGAAACAACAUCAGUCAGUCACUUUAAAGGUCACCUGAUCACAUAAUAGUGGGAUUUAAUCAUCAUCUUAAUGACAUAUUAAUAAGCUAUUAGGAGAUUUAACCCUAAUUAGGAAUGAAGAGUCACGUUUUAAAUAAGAAGGUUAAAAUUAGAAUAAUGAUUGAGAGGUAGUUAAUUUUAAUAAUGAGAUAAAAAGCCAAUUAUUCCAAUUAAAGUUAUAAUUAUGAGGUACAAAGAUGCAAUAAUGAAAUAGAAAUUAAAAUUAUGAUCAGAAAGUCAUUUUUAGGAGAUUUAAAUGAAUAAAUAUGACAAAAUAAUUGAUUUUUAUGAGGCAGGUCAUCAAACUGAAGAAGAUUAAAAUGGGAAUUAUUGGACAAAAAUGCAAAUUUAUGAGACACUACCUCGUGUUUUUUUUAAUUUUAUAUUAUAAUCUUAUCACUUUUCCAAAUUUGGAUGCACUUUAAAACAACUUGUACUUUUGCCUCACCAGUCAGUAUAAUAAAAAGUCAAGAGUUGAAGAAAACUUUAGUCUAGGGUCAAAAAAAAAGAGAAAAUUACCUUAUUUUUAUAAUGUCUAUUUUUACAUCAGUAAGAUAUUGUAUUUUUUUGUACUGAAUGAGAAGUGUGUCAUAAUUUUCUCAUUAAAAGUCAUUUAAAAAAGAUUAAAAGUCAUGACUGUGACAUAAAAUUUUGAGAAAAAAUCCACAGAAAUGACACAAAUACUGUUUAAAAAGUCACAACUUUGUGAUUGAUAAGUCCUUAUUUUCAAAAUUUCAUAACUGUUUCAGUUUUGUUAAUACAAUAAGCUUUUUAAAAAUCUGACGUCACAUCUAACCACGAGUUCCUUAUCAAUAAAUCAAUUCAUUGUGCAUACUGCACGCACUUAUCUGGGAUCCAGGGAAGCCCCUGAUAUCCACAAAGCCUGCAGAGCCUGUGAACCACAUCAGACUCAGGAGGACAUAUCAGCUGGCAGUAGCGUCACAACACAGAAUAGUUUCACUUUCAUUUCAAGUUAAAGUUUCUUUUCUGGAAAAGAAAAACACAUCAAAGCUCAGUGAGGUCAUAUGACACACAGGGGGCGGUCAAGUGUUAAAGUGAUGAGUACAUUCUGACUGUAAAAUUUUCCCAUCUUCCUCUUUCUAGGGUAAUUGUUUGACGUCUUCCUAGAUCAAACUGACCAUGUGUGGUUUUUUUUUUCUCCUUACAGUAAAACAAUUGUCUAAAUCAGGAAUCGCCCUUGUGGUCAGUUCUACUUUAUUUGUCGCCUUUAUCAUUUUUGCUGUCGCACUAAAGCGGAAAAGGUGAUUUUUCAUUUUUUUAUCACUCAAUCUGACUCACUCUUUGUCCUUUAGUUCAUUUAAUCUUAUCUUUCCCUUUUAUUUUGGUCCACAGGUUAAAGAGCAACAGAAGGAAUCUUAAUGUUUGAGUGAUCUUUGACCUCGCAGAAGGCCGUCCUAUCACAGCAGACUUUUGGAGCAUUAAAGUGUUGUAUCAGUCUUCUUCUUUCCCUUUUAUAAGUGCAGCGACAGUGCAGCAAAUUAAGCUAAAAGUCAAAAAACAGUGUUACCUACUUCAUGACUAAUUUAUAUUUAUCUUAAACUGCAAUUCCCAGCAGCACUUUAUUUUGAAAUGUGUACCUUCUAUCAGGUUUAGGCUUUACAGGCUGAAAAUCUUCCAUCAAUAAACAUGCUGUUGGCAUUGCAGGUGAAGUAUCACACAGGAAUUUGAAGUAGUUGAUGUCAUCUAGCGGCUGCAUCAAGAAGUGCAAUGAGAAGAGUUGGCACCGAGUUACUCAAACAUGCGGAUUACUGUGAAGACAAACCAUUUUGCUUUGGCAAUCAGAGUGGAUCAAAGAAAGUCAAAGAAAGAUGCAACAGCGCCAUCUAGUGUCCUUUUCCGGGCACAGAAGAAUCAGGAUCAGGGGCCAGAUCACUAUUUUACUCACCGGUGAAUGUAUCGCAAUUUCUUUUUUGCACAUGAAAUCUGCACUUUUCUUUCAAUAUAGUUAUUUAAUAUAUUAUGUCACAUGUAAUGUGAAAUUUUUAUUUAUUUAUUUCGAUUAUAGAUUUUAAUAUGAAAUGUUUGUGUGUAAGUCAAGCUGUAAGACGUACUUACUGAUUGCUUGUUAUUGUUUUAAUAGUCUUAUAAAUGUGGAUAAUACUUUGUCUAACUUGUGAACAAAUCUCUGUCAAUGUGCAAUAUAAGAUUGUUUUGUUCAACAUGACUGACUUCCACUUCACAAUUAUGUGCUACUUUGUGUUGGUCUAUGACAAAAAAAAAUCUCAAUAAAAUACCUUUAAGUUUGUGGUUGUAGAG